AUGAAGCGAAACAAAACCAUCGAUUCACACAACAGUGAAAAAACAUCCAAAAAACACAAAACGAUGGAAGAAGAAACUAUUUCUUCGGAGGCCUCUUCUUCUUCAGUUCAAGAGAAACAAGACGUAUGGACUGAAGAAGUAAUAAUUACACCCGAAAAUAUUGUGGAUCUAGUGGAAUGUUCAUUUCGGAAACGAUCAAUGAACAGCAAGUCUUUGGAAAAAUCAUCAUUAUCCAUUCAUGAAUAUAUUUCCCAACUGAUGGAUGUUCUUUCUAAGAACUUUUACCGAACGAGUCUUGCUGACCUUCCCGUGGAAAUAGUUUACCAAAUUACUACCUUUCUCGAUGAAAUUACACUAUUGAAAGGGAGAUUUCAUCGUAUUUGCUCUCAUUGGUUUUGGAUUUUAUAUUAUGAUUUUGGAAAUCUGUUUUGGUCGAGAAUUUGUAGAUAUUUAUCAAAAGGCAAAAUCACUGUCCGAGAGAAUGGAAAAUCAGUUUGGAAACCGAAACAAUUGAGAAAGUAUUGUCUUGCAAAAUUGAGAGCACAAUUAUUAGCAGAGAAGUGUGGACCUUUACGAUAUUUAUAUGCAAUAUUGGACUAUGAUGACUCUAGUUCCUCCGAUUAUGAUUAUGAUGUGGUCAAUGAAUUGAAAAUUAAGGAGUGGAAGAAUGGAAAUAAUGAUAGUAUUUUCGACACCAUGUUUGUCAUUGACUAUGACUUUGAAAAUUGCAAGAAUUAUCAUGCGUUUUGUUCAUGCGAGCCUCUUCAAUACCAAGUGAUUUGCUUCGAGAAUGUUGUUACCGUCCACUUUUGUGAAUAUACUCCCUUUUAUUUUGUUCUCGUGUAUGACCUGUCGUACAGGUAUGAAGAGGAUUGUGAUGACGAUUUUAGGGGUUUUAUACAUGUCGCCAGAGGAUUUCAUGAAUAUGACAAUGAUGAUGUGAAACCACUCGCCGACGUGGAAAACGGAUCUUUGCAAUUUGCAACUAGCAAGUAUUUAAUGUUAAUGGAAUGGUUGCAAAUUCCAAAUCGAUACUCUCAUAAAAAGCAGAGGAAAUUCAUCGAGAAAUUAUUACGUCGCUCCAUUCCUAAAAGUUUGCUAGGACAUGUGCUCAAGCAUUAUGGUGUGUUUUAUGACGGCGGACCAAAGGCUGAGGAUAUUCAAGAGGAAAGUGAUUCUGAUGAUGAAGAGGAUGACGAAGAGGAUGAUGACCAUGAUGCCAAAGAGGUUGAAGUUAUUGAAAUUGAUUAA